AUGGCUUGGCGCGGCGCCGCCUCCCGCUCCCUCUUCGCCGCCGUCCGUGCCCGCGCCGCAUCCUCUUCCUCCUCCGCCGCCUCGCGCCUCCGCUCGGCAGCUCCACUCCCCGCCUCCCAGCGCCGCUCCGUCCCCGUCUUCGCUUUCGCGACCGCGAGGCCGUUGGCGGCGAUGGCGGGGUCCCCGGCGGCGGUCGUGGUGAGGCUCACCGGGCACUCGGCGACGAGCGUGCGGGCGUGCUGUGAGCUCUCCCAGGGUACCCUCUUCUGCCGCACUUGUCAGGAUCGCUAG